AUGGCCCCUCUCCAAUGGGCCUAUGUCUCGCUUUCACUCGUUAUAUUUACUUUUUCUGCUCGCGGGAUACUUCGCCUCAUCAAAUACCUCCUGAAGCGGUCAUCGUCCGCUCUGAGAGACCUUCGUGGUCCGAAAUCGACCAGUUUUCUCUUUGGCAAUCAUCGACUGGUACAAGUCUGUGGUUUGGAGGCCGCUGAACAAUGGGAGAAGUGGGAGGACGAGUAUGGGUCGUUGGUGCAGCUGAAGUACUUCCUCAACACGAACCGUGUGGCUGUAUUGGACUUGCGUGCUGUCUCACAUAUCUUCUCCAACAACUUCGUGUAUGAGAAGCCUCCGGUGGUACGUAGCAUCUUGAGCAGUUUUAUGGGACCUGGGCUUUUAUUUGUGGAAGGAGAACAGCACAAACAACAGCGUCGUAUCAUGAAUCCCGCCUUUGGAUCCACCCAAAUUCAUCAAUUUGUCAACCUGUUUCUGUACAAAUCUCAACAGCUCCGUGAUGCUCUCCUCUCUGAAACAUCUGCAUCUUCAUCGGGCCACACCAAAAUUGACAUCGUUCCCUGGCUCAACAAACUUACUCUAGACAUCAUCGGCCUUGCUGGGUUCGACUAUGCUUUUGACUCCCUCAAUCCCAAAGAUGGCGGUAUAAAUGAGCUGCACCACUCAGUGCGAAUGAUGCUUGCACCACCUCCCUCAGGAUUUGCCCGCCUCAUGACGGUCGGACGAUACUACAUCCCUGCUCUUCGUCUCAUUCCCACGAAACGUGACCGAAUUGUCGCUGCAGCUCAAAAUACUAUGAACCGGAUUGGAACAAAACUUAUCGCUGAUAGUAAGGCUUCGGUCCUCGCGUCAGGUCAGGAAAAGGAAGACGAUGGGUCGCAUGCAAUGUUCAAAAAGGACUUGUUGAGUUUGUUAGUGAGGAACAAUAUGGAGCCGGAGUUGCCGGGUCAUGUGCGAAUGGACGACACGGAGGUCCUUGCUCAGAUUACCACGAUGAUUAUUGCCGGGCAUGAUACAACAAGUACCGGUGUCACCUGGGCUCUUCUUGGACUCUCCUCCAACCUUGCCUCCCAAGCCAGACUACGUUCCGAACUGUUCAGCGUUCAAACUCCCUCGCCAUCCAUGGAAGAACUGAACUCGUUACCCUACCUCGACGCCGUCGUACGCGAAACGCUGCGGUAUUAUUCACCGGUGCCGCAUACGGUGCGAGUGGCGAAUCGCGACGAUGUCAUUCCGCUAUCCGAGCCCUGGGUGGAUAAGCAUGGUGUAGUACGGAAGGAGUUGAGGAUGAUAAAGGGCGAUACAAUCGUCAUUCCGUUCAUCGCGAUUCACUUUUCGAAGAAGAUAUGGGGUCCGGACGCUCACGAAUUCAAACCGGAGCGCUGGUCAAAUCUUCCUCCUGAAGUCCAGUCCAUACCCGGCGUUUGGGGCAACAGCCUCGCAUUCUCCGCCGGCCCCCGCGCUUGCAUCGGUUUCCGUUUCUCCGUCAUGGAAAUGAAGGCGAUCCUCUUCACCCUCCUCCGCUCUUUCCGCUUCGGACUCGCAGUUCCACUGCACGAGAUCAAGCCUCUGACGAAGAUCGUCCAGAAGCCGUAUCUGACGAGCGAUCUGAAGGCAGGGACGCAGUUGCCUUUGAAUAUUACACCACUUGAGGCGGAUGGGGAGUUCUCAGAGUCGUGA